AUGCCAUUAAGCAAGCAAAUUAGCAGGUUAAUUGGAAUUAGAAAUAUGUCAUCCAGUGUUAAACAUUACGAAUAUUUAGUUAUCGGAGGAGGUUCAGGUGGUGUUGCCUCCAGCAGAAGAGCAGCUUCUUAUGGAGCUAAAACAUUGCUAAUCGAGGGUAAAGCCAUGGGCGGUACUUGCGUUAACGUUGGUUGUGUCCCGAAGAAGGUUAUGUGGUAUGCAUCUGACCUCGCUACUCGUUUGGGCCAUGCUAACGAGUAUGGCCUUUUCCAGGGUACUGAUUUGACGCGUGAAAAGUUGAGUUUCAACUGGGGUCAAUUUAAGCAGAAGAGGGACGCUUAUAUCGAAAGACUUAACGGCAUAUACGAGCGUAAUCUAGCCAAAGAAGGCGUAGAUUUUCUCUACGGAUGGGCCAAGUUCAACUCUCAGGGUCAGGUCGAAGUUACUAAGCACGAUAGCUCCAAAGAGGUUUUCACUGCAGACAAGAUCUUGAUCGCCACUGGUGGUACUCCUAUUAUGCCUGAUGGAAUCGAGGGCUACAACUUGGGUAUCGACUCUGAUGACUUUUUCAAAUUAGAAAAACAACCCAAAAAGGUUGUGGUUUCCGGUGCAGGUUAUAUUGGUGUGGAAUUGGCCGGAGUCUUCCACGGUUUAGGCUCUGAAACUCACAUGGUAAUCAGAGGUGAAACUUUGUUGCGUAAAUUUGAUGAUUCCAUCCAGAACACUAUCACCGACCACUACGUCAAAGAAGGUAUCGACAUCCAUAAGACUGCGCAAAUCACUAAAGUCGAGAAGAACGAGAGUUCCGGUAAGCUAAGUGUUCAUUUAGACAAUGGGGACGUGAUUUCAGAAGUGGACAGUUUGUUAUGGACCAUAGGUCGUAAGUCCUUACUAGGCAUUGGCUGUAAUCAUGUUGGCGUGAAGCUCAAUGACAAACACCAAGUCAUUGUCGAUGAAUAUCAAAAUACCUCGGCCGCUAAUAUCUACUCCUUGGGUGAUGUUGUUGGUGAAGUUGAAUUGACGCCCGUCGCUAUCGCUGCGGGCAGAAAGCUAUCUAACAGAUUGUUUGGACCAAAACAAUUUGCUAAUCAAAAGCAAGACUACGAGAAUGUUCCAAGUGUAGUAUUUUCUCAUCCAGAAGCCGGCACAAUCGGUUUGACCGAGAAAGAGGCCGUGGAGAAGUACGGUCAAGAUAAUGUCAAGAUUUACAACAGCAAAUUUACCGCCAUGUACUAUGCUAUGCUGGAACAUAAAUCGCCAACCUGUUACAAAUUGGUUUGCGCGGGUGACAACGAAAAAGUCGUUGGUCUGCAUAUUGUUGGUGAUUCUUCUGCGGAAAUCUUGCAAGGAUUUGGGGUUGCAAUCAAGAUGGGUGCCACAAAAGCUGAUUUUGAUUCCUGUGUAGCCAUCCAUCCAACUAGUGCCGAAGAAUUGGUUACAAUGACAUAG